AUGGAGGUCCUUCGUACAGCCCCCGAUACAUCAUCCUUCGUCCCUAUCGCCGAGCACCAGUCCCGCACACCGGCCUCGUUCCACGAUGGUCCUACAGUCCUACACUACCACAGCCAGAGCUGCAAAGUCGUCAUUCUCGAGCGCGACCUCGUCGCUACCCCUGCGCUGAACGCCCUGCGCGGCGAAAAUGCCACAAAUGGAUCAACCGUAACCGAGGAGGAGGAGAAAGAGGUUGCUAUUGACAACGUCGAGACCUGGGUGACGUCCGAUAAAUUCCUUCUCUUUUCCUCCUCCGCCUCAACGGGCGUCUCAAUCCCCUACCCUUCCAUCUCCCUCCACGCAAUCCAGCGCCUGCGCGUACCGGGUGCCUCCGAUGACGAAGUGCAAGGACUGUACAUGCAGAUUGCGACACCGAGCGCACCCUCCGGAGAAGACGAUGAAGAAGAAUGCAUUACAAUGACCGUUGUGCUGCCCUCCGACGCGACAACCAGCACAGCCUCCGACGAACUCUCCGACGAGCCUGAGGAGAGCCCCAUUCAAACCCUGUACAAUGCCGUGUCAGCUUGUUCGAACCUACACCCCGACCCCGUUGAGCCGGGUGAUGAGGAUGACGAGGAGGGUGCGAAGUUCUUCACAGCCGAUGGUGCGGAACCUUCGUUUUUCCAGCUUGGCGAGGGAAUGACGGGCUCUGAGAAUGGGGGGUUGCCGCCUCCCGUUGAUGGAAGCUCUGGGUGGAUUACGGCGGAGAAUAUGGAUCAAUUCUUUGAUGAAGAGGGCAAUUGGAUUGCUGGAGGUGAGCCGCCAUCUCUCCCGCUUGGGCCUGGGGCUGGAAAUGUGCAUUCUCGGGAGAAUGAGGAUGAGGAUGGGGAGCAGGAUGGGAAAGAGGGUGCGGAUGAUGAUGAGACUAAGUGGAGAAGAACUGAGUGA